AGUCAACUCUUAAUGGUUCAACAUCUAAUCUUGCGGACUCCUCAGGCCGACCCUAUACCACAUUAUUUUCUGGCCAGUCUGCGGCAGUGCCUGGGUUCCAUCCUUCUGGUGGUCUUCAAGGAUUGCAUAAUAUUCAUGGAAGCUUCAACCUACCAAAUGUGCCUGGUUCGCUUGCAUCCAGAGAGGCCGCAAUGGGUGUUGUACCAUCAGGUGGUGUUCAGCAACCAGGAGGAAGCAUUCCUAGUGGACGGUUCUCAUCAAACAAUCUUUUGGUUGCAUUAUCUUAGAUGCCUCAUGGCUCUGGUGUCACAAAUAGAGGGGGUAUUAAUGUUGUUGGAAAUCAUGCUUUUAGUUGUAGUAAUAUUAAUGAAGUCACUGGGUCAAUAA